AUUGUUGUCAUUGUGAGUAAUAAGAAAGUUAAGAGCUGGCAGAAUUUCUUGAAUAGUUUUGACAGGUGGUGGUGGGUCCUUACUCCUGCAUAGGUUGACAAUGACCCAAGUCACAUUACGGAGAAAUGAAAUUUGGAUAUCAGGUUUGAUGAAACUCAACAGUGGCUUAACUACUCCCAUUUCAAUGACAAAAUCUCGGAGCACGGGACCAUCUCCAAUGAUGUUACCAAGAGCCCAGACAGCUUGUUCACAAACAUUCUCGUGGGGAGACAUGAGCAACUGAAGGAAGACAGGAACAGCACCAGCAUGGACAACUUUGUUAGUCUGGGCGGAGGUGCCUGAUGCGAUAUUCGUUAAGGCCCAAGCGGUUUCGAAUUGAAGUGAGGGAUUGUCAGCCCUUGAAAGGCACUGCACAAGGAUAGGGAGAAUGCCAGUAGCAAUCAGCUCAUCAAUGGGUGGGUUCUUGUCUGAGGAGAGUAGCUUCCUGCACUGCUGUACAGCGGCUAGCUGCACGUCAGGGUUGUCUCCGUUCGCCGCAUUCAUUACCAGCUCCUUGAGGUCGGUAGAUGCGAGGGUCCUAUCAAUCUCAUCCUCGUCUGUAGAGUAGCUGAUAGGCACAUUACGACGUUUCUGUAGUGUUUCUUCUCUUUUAUUUUUUCUCAGUUCUACUGUAACUUCGUUCCUCCGCCUGCGCAUUUCCUAAAAUCACAUACAAAAUCAAACGUCAUUUCUUUGUAGAACUUUUACAGUUUUUGAUAUGAUCUUAGGAGCCAUUGAACUAUAUUUUUAUACUUACGUCGACAUCUUUGCCAGUGUUCUUGAAAACAUGCAUGCGGUUCUUCACUUGAUCAGUCGCCAUUUUAUUUUUGUGCUCGCAGUAUCGUUACAAACGUGGUAAUUACACAAUGAAACAAAGAAUCAACAUAAAAUAAUGUCGAAGAAAACUAAUCAAACAUGUUUUAACGGCACUAUUCGAGUUGCUGAUUCAUUAACCUCUUUAUAACACAGAAUAUUCUACAACACGAAACUAAUCGUCCGUUUCCUCCUCGAAUUUCUUUCUUUUUUUCGGUUGGACUGACCAAAGAGGAACUGAGAACUAUCUAUAGACAAUAUCGUAGACUGAAUGUUGCAAACGUCAAACUUGAGCGUAUUUCUAACUAGUAUUAAAUCGACUAACUAAAAUAAUGUGUUGCCAUUACCUAAAACUGGUUAGUUUUCUUUGUUGGUAAUAAUUUUGCGAGUUAUUGAUGAAUUUUCUUUCCUACGCACUUCCGCAUUUGUCGCAGUCAAAACAGGAGUGUUACUGUUUGUUAUUAAAAUAUACAUUUAAAAACGUUAAUUUGUAUUGGAAUAUUAAAACUUACAAAAUGACUGUGUUGACCAAGCCGAGUCUGACUAUUAAGAAAAUCCCGUUAAUAGACGAAAGCCAUUGCGAUGGGGAAAUCAUCGAGAUGCAACCGACAGGGCCUCGCAAGCGUCAUCAUAGUUUAGGAGCUAUCUUUUGUAUGGCUGUCACUGUGUUUCUCCUCGUUCUUAUGGGGGUCAUCACAGCGCUCCAGAUUUACGAGCAAGUUACUUCUGAUGUGUCCCAGCACAACCGUAUCCAGGGAUUCUGCUCCAUUCCUCUGAACGGGGACAUGGAAAUGUUAGAGUCCCACAGGAUGCCGCUCCAGUGGAAGGCUGCGAAUGUUGGGACAACUAUCCAAGUGGUGAGCGUAACAGAGGAUGAUGACCCGGACCAUCUGAUGGAUCUACUGCGGGAGGUGUUUGACAUCGACAUCGACCAGUCCGUCGAGAAGAUAUCUGUCUUCAACAACGGUCACCCCGUUAGCUUUCUGCAUGACUUCGAAGCUAAUGUUACUGGUAUCGUGGACUCGGAGCGCUGCUUCAUGAUGUCGCUGGACCCGGUGGGCGUGGUGGCCCCGGGCGAGCUGGCGGCGGGGCUGGCGGCGGGCGCGGCCUUCGACGUGCGGCGCGUGCGCACCCCGCUGCGCGCGCUGCUGCCGCCGCGCCCCGCGCCGCGCGCCCUCGCACACCUCUGCACCGACCGCCCCAUCUACCCGCUCACCAGGGACGUCGCUGUCGUCAUACGCAAACGAUCAGCUGAUGCCCCACCCCACGAUUACAUGCACUUUGCCGGUAAUGGAGUACAGGAGAUAGAGAUCAGUAACCUCGCCGAGCUACUGCAGUACGAGCAGGACAACAAGCGCACCGACUAAGGGGGGAAAAGGGGGGUGUAGUCCACACACAUUGCACUGGGCACAGCUCGUGGAGUGACAGCUUCAGAGACACAAGUGAUGUCUCUACAGCUGUCGACUGUCACCUGUCACUUCUCAUCAAAUCACAACAUCCAUUAAGUCUAGAGAAAUCCUCGUGAGGACUGGGGAUGUCGAAAUACAAUCCUUACAAAUACAAAUUUCAUUGUUUAGUCCAAAUUUAGUUUUAAGUUAUUCUCCCAUUUGAAUGCUUUCGUAAUUUUAUUCGAAAAGGUAAAACAGUAAUAAAAUUACUUACAGUGUUCCUACUUUAAUAACUUAUGUGAUAUUGUAUGAAUUUCCCUUCCAAAAGAGAAUCUAGAUAUUUGAAAAGUAUUGCGCACAUUGAAUGAAUUCGGGCUGUGUAAAAAGGAAAAAAUAUAGACCAAAUGUUAGUUUUUGCCUUCGAGAUACUGUCAUUUUGUUUCCACUAGUCAAUAACUGCCAUUUAUUCAUUGUUUUCAUCCAUUGUAGGUAUAAUUUGUAUUUCGAAGGGUGAAAAUAAUUCAUAUUGUUAACACCAGGAUGCAAAAGGAAGGGAAAAUGAAUUUCAUUUAAAAAAAAAAACAUAAGUGAUAUUUGACUUAAAAAGAGUCCUUAGUAACUUCGACACCUCUAUUUAGUCGAUUGCAAUGAGUAUUCAUUAUAUUAUCAUAGUUUUAGUUGAUUUAGUUAAACAUUUUGAUGCUGUUCAAGAAUAUUAUAAUGUGUAAGAUGAUAGAUAUAGGAAUAAUAUUAAAUAAGGAUACAAAUAUAUAUGUAGGGCACGUCGUAUCUUGCGUUAAGCACAGAUUAAAUAUACCUACAUACAUUUUACCUGAUGAUCUCGCUCGUUAGGUUCCAUUAAAAAUACGUUUAAAAAACAAUGUUAUUAUUUUAUUAAGGUCGAAAAUGUCAUGCGUUCGAGUACCUAUGAAAUGUUGUAUAAUUUAUAGUUUUAAGUUUAUUCCGCUUGUAUACUUCUAGGUGAUUUAUGACAAAAU